CUCCAGUACUAGUUGAUUGUUUUCAGUGAGGUUGGUUUCUACGUUUCGUGCGGUUAGUGAUCGAUGCAAUUACUUCGAAAGCGAUUCUGUGUACAGUAGUGUGUGUGUGAUGUGUAACUUUAGUUUUGAACUGUGAACUGAAUUGGCUGACUUGCAGUUUAUUGACAUCGGACAAGAGGAACACAAGGAACCUGAAGUUUUAUUUCUACUGCUGUUUUUUGUUUGAAUCAGGAUCUUUUGGCAUUAAAUGCGAAUCACCUGAGUCUGCGGCAUGUCCAGACAAGCGUAAAGGCACUUAAUGACUUAUGCUGUCGGAACCGUGACUCCCCGAAAUCGCAAAACUGACCUCGGCUCCUAACCGACCAGCAUCGAGAUAACGAUUUAGAGAGAAAUUUCAACGUCGGGAAAUUUCUCCGUCGGAGUAGACUAGGCCCACCGCCGGGGACUAGUUCGAAUACAUCGAGAAGUAGCUCCGGCAUAUGCUCGUCGGGGUGCCUGUCACCUGGAAGUCACCCUCCACCCAGCAUCGCAGGACCGACCUCGGCAUCUGCCCGGGUAGUAUCGUUUAGAUUGUGCCGCUUCCCUCAUCUCCAUUGUGACUUCUUUCCCGAUGCUCGUGUCAUCCUAACAAUCACGAACCCCAGACGUGAGCAAUCCCAACCAGCAAAGCCGACAAAUAAAUCACCUCGUCUCCCAUUCACCUGCUUUUGAAGCUGUUUUUCCAAGGGUAGUCUCCAAACAUUGGCACAACCCCACCACGUGCUUGAAUUAUGGCCAAAUCGAAUCCCAAGGAGGUGGAAAUGAACACGAUGCACCGAUCCGGGUCGGCCAACCGAUUCCAGGUUAAUCUGGUCAACCAUGACGAGCGAACUGGGGGAGGAGGAGGAGGAGAAACGGGAGGCGGACUAAACGGGAACGCCGACGUUCCCACCGACGAGGAUACCUUCCCGGAAGUGCCGGUCCAGCGGCGAACCUCGAGGCUGCAAUCGCUCAGGCCCAGUUUUCGGGAUAAGGAGAGGAAAAACUCGCAAACCACACGCUUCAAGAUGGACGAAAACAACGGGUCUGAUUCGAAUGACGAUGAGGAAGAUAAUUUGAUUGACGACAACAAAUAUGCCAGGAGUUUCAGACAUUUCACAAGGGAAGCACUGCCACGUGUGGAUAACUACCGGAACAUCCUCUCCUUCCAGGCCAACAAUCGGCCAACGCUGGAUGAGCUGCAUCAUGCAUCCAUCACCAACAAGGUAGGUUUUUUAUCCCGUUGUGAACAGCCAGUUGCAUGGUUACGAGAAACGGCAAGUCCACGAGCGCGGAACCUUUACGCUUCUUUUUUUUGUCCAGAAAAAAAAGUUUUCAUGUUGCAAGAGAUGUGUUAAUAUU